CCGCCAAGGUGCGUCUCCGGGCUGACGCGGCCGCCUGGGGCACUGCGAUCUGGACGCGCCACCUGCAGUGCUGGCGGCUGCUUCUUAUUUACUAGGAAACACGGUUUCCCCGCGGGAGAGUCUGGGAUCGCGCGCGCGCGCGCGCGCACACACACACACACACACACACACACAUACACACGCGCGCGCACGCUCACACACACAUUCACACACGUUAGCGCGCUGGUUCUUCACAACUGCAUCCCCAAACCCACAGAGCGAAGCUACUGCGGUUUCUCUUCACCCUCAUCGUGGGGUGAAGCAGAGCCAUUGUGCAGCGGGGAGAGCCCGGUGCCUGCGCUGCCGCCUCGGGUGCAAAACCCUGCAGACCGCUCACCCCUUCGGUGGAAUGCUUGCCGAUUUCUCCACAAACUUCUAAGGCUGAGACCCUGAGGAAGUCAGCUUGAGAAUGCCUUCCGAACGCUGCCUCAGUAUUCAAGAAAUGCUGACAGGCCAGAGGCUCUGCCACUCAGAAUCUCACAAUGAUAGUGUGUUGGCAGCACUGAACCAGCAAAGAAGUGAUGGCAUCCUCUGCGACGUCACCCUGAUUGCUGAGGAACAGAAAUUCCACGCUCACAAGGCAGUGCUGGCAGCGUGCAGCGACUAUUUCCGGGCAAUGUUCAGUCUCUGUAUGGUGGAAAGUGGAGCUGAUGAAGUGAAUUUACAUGGUGUGACCAGCCUUGGUUUGAAGCAAGCUCUGGAGUUUGCUUACACAGGACAGAUUUUGUUGGAGCCAGGCGUGAUCCAGGAUGUGUUAGCAGCUGGCAGUCACCUACAGUUGUUGGAACUUCUCAAUUUAUGUUCCCACUAUCUCAUCCAGGAAUUAAAUAGCUUUAAUUACUUGGAUCUGUACAGACUUGCUGACCUCUUUAACCUCACUUUGUUGGAGAAAGCAGUGAUCGAUUUCUUAGUGAAACAUCUCUCUGAACUCCUGAAGAGUCGCCCAGAAGACGUUCUAACGCUUCCUUAUUGUCUGCUUCAGGAGGUCCUGAAGAGUGACCGCCUGACCUCUCUGAGUGAAGAGCAGAUCUGGCAGCUAGCUGUGAGGUGGUUGGAACACAACUGCCAUUACCAGUACAUGGACGAGCUCCUACAGUACAUUCGCUUCGGCCUAAUGGAUGUGGACACUCUGCACACGGUUGCCCUGUCCCACCCCCUCGUUCAGGCGAGUGAGAGGGCAACAGCCCUGGUCAAUGAGGCCCUGGAAUACCACCAGAGCAUCUAUGCCCAGCCGGUCUGGCAGACGCGCAGGACCAAACCGCGCUUUCAGUCUGACACUCUGUACAUCAUCGGUGGGAAAAAGCGAGAGGUCUGUAAAGUCAAGGAACUUCGGUACUUCAAUCCUGUGGAUCAGGAGAACGCCCUCAUAGCUGCCAUUGCCAACUGGAGUGAGCUGGCCCCCAUGCCCGUGGGCAGGAGCCACCACUGCGUGGCUGUCAUGGGGGACUUCUUGUUUGUGGCAGGAGGGGAAGUUGAGCACGCCAGCGGCCGGACAUGUGCCGUGAGGACUGCCUGUCGCUAUGACCCCCGCAGUAAUUCCUGGGCAGAGAUUGCACCCAUGAAAAACUGCAGGGAGCAUUUCGUGCUGGGUGCCAUGGAUGAAUACCUCUAUGCGGUGGGGGGCAGAAAUGAGCUGCGCCAGGUUCUACCUACGGUUGAGAGAUACUGCCCCAAGAAGAACAAGUGGACUUUUGUGCAGUCCUUUGACCGAUCCCUUUCGUGCCAUGCUGGAUAUGUGGCUGAUGGUCUUCUUUGGAUAUCAGGUGGAGUAACUAACACAGCACAAUAUCAGAACAGACUAAUGGUAUAUGAACCUAACCAGAAUAAGUGGAUAAGCCGCAGCCCCAUGCUGCAGAGAAGGGUCUACCAUUCCAUGGCUGCUGUGCAAAGGAAGCUUUAUGUUCUUGGAGGCAAUGACCUGGACUACAAUAACGACCGGAUCCUCGUGCGGCAUAUAGAUUCUUACGACAUAGAUGCUGACCAGUGGACCCGUUGUAAUUUCAACCUGUUGACUGGCCAAAAUGAAUCUGGAGUUGCUGUCCAUAAUGAGAGGAUAUAUUUAGUUGGUGGAUAUUCGAUUUGGACAAAUGAGCCUCUGGCUUGUAUCCAGGUACUGGAUGUAAGUAGAGAAGGCAAAGAAGAAGUAUUCUAUGGGCCAACACUCCCUUUUGCUUCUAAUGGAAUAGCAGCAUGUUUCCUUCCAGCUCCGUAUUUCACAUGUCCUAACCUUCAAACUCUUCAAGUGCCUCAUCACCGGAUUGGCACCAUCUGAAAAGCCAAUGCUCUGUUCACCAUCAUGAACAGAAGGGAAAAGAAAGGCCUGACUUUUGGAUACUGGGCAUGAAACACUCAGUGCUCAAUGCUUCCAUGUUUUAUGUCUUAUCUUCAGAUAAACAUUAGCAAAAAAUGAACAGUUUUCUAAAAACACAUUAUUGAAAACUCCUGUCUCCCUUCUCAGUGUGUGUCAACAUACAAUAUAAUAUGUGUAACUUCUACUGUGGUAUAGCUUAGUGCCAACUUAACGGUCCAAUACUGUUUCAUGGGUCUUUAGAGUAUUCUUUGUACACUUUUUCUAAUCAGUACUGUCUAGGACAACAUGACACUGUUAGCAAGGUAAUUAUUUCACAAGUACUGCCAUAUAUCUUAAAAAAAAAAACAAAACAACAACAAACUUCAAUACUUAAUCCCUUUACUACGUAAGCCCGGGUUUGUAAUUUUUCUUUUAAAAACUUUACAUUAUGCAGUCCCACUCAGUAGAGACUCAGCAUUAUGACAUCAUAAAUUUUUAAAUGCCAUAUUUUAUUCAUUGUAAUACGAAUAGUAGUACAGUGGAAUAGCAGUUGGAAUACCCAAAUUUCUCACCUCGAUUACCCUGUGACCUUGGGCCAGAAACUUAACUUUACAGUGUUUCAAUUCUCCUACUUUUGAAGGGGGUAAUUAUUGAUUUCUAUAUCAACUCAAAAGAAUGUUGGGAGGAUUAGAUAAAUGUUCUGAAUGAAGUAUUUUGCCUAAGAAAAAGAUGGUACUCAAAUUAUUUUACUAUCUUUAGUAACUUUGAACAGGAAGAUUAAUUUUGAAGUUUAAAAAUUACUAGAUAGAACUUGGUAAACAUACUGUGGAGUAAAUGAGUCUUAAAAAAUAUGGGAAGAGAUAUACUCAUUAGGAAAAAAUAAGUUUAUUGAAGGCAGAUAUUCCUAAACUUGUACAAAUCCUUGACUCAAAUAAUAGCUCAAACAUCGUUUGAACUCAUUCAGUGAAAAAUGACAUUUUAAAGCUCCAAAAAUUAGUUGUACUAAUUAUGGUACCAUAAAGUGCUUUGACAUAAAUUUGAACCUAGAAUCGGCAGUUCUAAUAAAAAGUUUUUCCACCUUGUUAAAGGUUAUGUCAAUCUUGAGCACAUGUGGGAUUCUUUUCCACCGCCAAUACAUAUUUUAUUACUACCACUUUUAAUAAUGCAUAAGAAUUCUUUUCUAGGCUAUAUUUUUGGAUUUGCUUUGUCUAUACAAAAAAUAAAGAAUAAAACAACUCAACAAUUACAUUUGAGCAAAAAUUCAACAAGUACAACAUGACUUUUUCCUCUUUCCUAAUCUUGUUAGGACCUAAGUAACCUCUGAAAAGGAAGACUUUACACUGACUUUCCUUGACAUAGUUUAAUCACUCAGAAAUCCCUGCCUUACAGGAAAUUGUCAUUUUAUUCAUGUAACUACUUUUAGUAAUUCAGAAGUGAAUAAAAAAAGAAUUUUUAUCCUAAACAGAGUUUACUAACUUUAUACACAUAAUGUUAUAAGAUACCUAAAACAUUAAUAAAAAUAUAUAUGCACAUUUAUAAGCUCUGGUUAUUCAGAUUAAUGGGCAGGAAGGGAGGUUAAAGGUAAGGGAAAAAGGUAGAUUUUUAAAAGGACACAGACUGAGACAGAAAUACAUAAUUGUAUUUGUACAGUUAUGAAAAAUAAAAAUUGGCACUGAUAGCUAAUAUUUAGAGAGAUAAAUCUCUUUAAAAUAUAAAUCAUUUAAGCCAAAAGUUAAAAAUGUCUUUCCAAGUCAAAAAAUGAACUCCAACAUUUCAGAAGUGUUUCAACAAGGACCUAAAAGCAAGAACUGUUUCAGGUUUGCUAAAUUUUCUAUGUGACAUGAACUUCUCCUCCAGCAGUUUUACCUCAAGAAACCAUUAAAAUCUAUUUGUAAUCCCAGACCCUUUUUCCAAUUAAGAAAGGGAAAAUGUCUAAAAAUAAAUUUGCCUGCCUGGGAAUGGAGAAGCAGCCUAAGAUUACUCUUGAUUAUUUUUAUAUAGAUUUCUAAAUACUCAUUUAAAACAAAACAGUAUAUAUUAUUAAAUCCCUUCUUGGUGAACUUUCCUUCAUAGUUUUUGGAAACAUCAUUUACAGUUACAGCCAGAGAAAAGCAUCCAAAGUACAACAUCCACCUCCUACAAAAAUACUAAGAUCACUUACUAGAUCGUUUCCCUCAAAUUGUCAGUAGUAAAAGCUAACCAGGACUGUAGAAAACUAAACAAAAUUUGGAUAAACAAAAUUCCACUGCAAAAAUUCAAAUAUAUAUUUCCCAUUAAAGUGAACUAUCCUACAGUAAUUCAUCUUUUUUUAUUCUUCAAAAUUAAAUAUAUUACAUUUGUAUUUGAAUUAUUGCAUUAAUCUGAAUUUCCAUAGGAAGACCAUGAUACCCCCUAACCAUUUAAACAUCAAAAUUUACUUUAAAAAAGAAAAAGCAAUACCACAUAGAUAUUAGCAGAGUAUUCUUACAGUGGAAGGGAAAGCCAGCAAGAUACAAAUCUCUGAAAUAAUGUGUGUGAUAAAAUGCAAAAACAAUUCCUUCAAUCUUUAACAACAAAAUGACAAGUUAUGAUUAGGGUAUUUUUCAUACUUUUUCUGUUCAUAUUUUCCUUAUAGUUUACAUGUAUAUUGUAUACCCUUCAGCCACUGCAAUAGCUGAAAAACUACCUUAGUUUUACCAGGGUAUAAAGGCAACAAAACUAAGAUACAAAUUAUUCUUCAAAUAGGCUUUUUUAACUUUGGUUUUUAAAAAGUCAAUCUCAUAAAAAUAAAGUUGAAUAAUCACAGCUAUAGUCUAAGCUAAAUAUAUACAUUUAUUAGCUAUAUCUUUAUUACAGGGACAGAUAACUUAUGUGUAUAAGAAUGUCCAGAAUUUUUCUAUAAGUAUGACUCAUUAAUGCAAUAAAUUGGAUAACCAUCAGCACACUAACAACUUUAAUAAGCAGAAAUUAGUCCUAAUUCAAUCAUUUGGUCCUGAUUUUUGUAACCUUACCAAUAUAGUCUAUCAUAGAAUCCAAAUAUGAGUAUCUAAUUUAAUAUGUGGAAAAAUAUGCUACUUUGCUAGCUUUCCAAACCAACUGUUUUAACUAAACAAAGCAAGCUAUUUAUGUUGGCAUAUGAUACUCUUGACAAGGCAAUAUUCUUAAAUCCUAGGAGGAGUAAGCAUGGGAGUUUUUGUAAAAUUAAGAUUAUUGUAAAAGUCUAUCAACCAAAAAGAGGUGGUUUAUUAUGGAUAACAGAGUUUUUGGUGAGGAUAUUAUGCAUUCCACCCUUUACCUGUGGAAUAUGAGUACUAUGUUAACGCAUAAAAUUUAGGUAAGUUAGGUUUUUAAAAGGCUUUUCCCAACUAUAGAUGCUGGUUUAAUUUUUAUGCAACAUAUCUUAUCAAAGGGGAGGUAAAAAUUAAAACUGUCCAAUAUUCUUUUAAACUACAUGACAAUGGGUCCAAGUAAUUCUUUAAGAACAAAGUAGCUUUAAAAAUUUGUGAAGCGUGGAAGAUAAUUAUGGAUAGUGAAAACACAUAGAGUAACAACCCAUAAAUAAUUUUUUACAUAAUUUCCAGGUAUAAAAAUUCAAAUAUUCUUAAGAAGAAAAUAUUCUAGGAAUAGGUAGUGAUAUAAAAGUUUUAAACUAUGAAACUUCUAAUGCAAAUGAACUCAAUACUAAAGAUUUUGUUACAGAGGCAAUACUCCAUGUUUUUUCUUAUCCAUGGAAACCUAAUUAAAUGUUAAUUGAAAUUUCAAUCAUAACCAAAUCUGAAUGUCUAAUAAAGUCCUUUCAUCACCUUGUUGUCCUUCAAUCAUUUUUUUUACACUCCAUUUGGUAUUUUACAGAAAUUACUCGACUCAUGUAUUCCAGUGUAUAUUUUAAUUGUCUUCCUAUUUAAGUGUGUUAAGUUU